AUGUGCCUGAUCUGCCCAUCAGCUUCGCAACUUUGCCAUCGCCUCGUGUCUCCGACGCCACGAGCCUCUCUGCUCCUCGCUUUCAUCUCGGCCAUCGUUCACCGCGUGACGCAGCAGUCACCGCGCUUCUCCACGCCGAUUCUCAGGCUGAGCGCUGAAGCUGAAGACGCGCUCCCUUAUGGAGCUGCGGUUAUGCACAACGUGGACGUGCAUGCGUCACUGUCUGACGUGUACCUAUCGCCCAAGCUCCCACUCCCACCCUCCGCGUCGUCCCUAGGCGGUGUCUGCCAAUCGCCCAUCGCGGCCGCAAUAGUGCCCAUAAUCCCUAACGAGAACGCGGGGUCUGCACAUGUCUCGCUCGACCGCAUCUCACGUAUGUACAUCUACCCCCGCAAUCCUGCACCCUCUACAGGUUCGCGCAGCGUGGACACACCUGCAUGUGCGUCCCCACCGAACUGGAAGAUUGCGUUCGCUUCCAUUGUCCUCCCUGCGCACCUGCCAAUCCCCCCCAGCUGCGAUCCGAUAUGCUUCGGGCCUCUGCACAGCUCCACGACCCGCGGCGGAUUUGGGCCAUUGUACCCUGUCUGA